CACUCCUUCGUUUUGUGAACCCUGUCCUAGUGGGUGGCGAACAGCGUGCAGUGGCGGUGAUGUCAACAUCGGCCAAGAACCUAAUGAACCAUGAUCACCACAGAGGCUGCAAGAGAGUUCCAUGCCAAAGAAUGCAAAUACAAAGAGCAGCUGAAGAGACGUUUAUCGUCAGCCUUAUCUGCAGACCUUAACAGGUUGCUGCAGGAAGAGCUGGAGGCAGAUGUUUCUCUUUAUGCUGGGUCAGGCUCGCUUCAAGCACACAGAGCCAUACUGUUGGCCAGAGCUCCUCAUGUCCUUCAGGGAGAGACACACAAAGAUCCUACCAUCAUUCAUCUGUCUGACUAUGAGCUGUCCGGGUUGAAAGAUUUCCUCAGGCGACUGUACACAGCAGACCAGAGCAUGCGCUCGUCUGAAAUAAUCCCAGACGUGGAGGGCUCAGUGCCAGAAAGUACACUGCUUGUUCCCAAUCCGGCAGACCAUAGUUCCACUGACUCAGAUGUUAUUGAGUCAGCCUCGGGCCUUGGAGCUGACUUGCUGGAUCUGUACCAGAGGGGAGAGCAGUGUGAUAUCACCAUACAAGUAGCGGAGCAGGUCUUCUCCUGCCACAGGGCAAUCCUGUGCGCGCGGUCUCAGUACUUCCGAGCGAUGCUAAGCGGGAGUUGGAUGGAGAGCUCCAGACAGUGCAUCACUCUGCAAGGUUUAGGGCCAGAUGAGAUGGAGAUCCUGCUCCAGUUCAUGUAUGGGGCAAUUGUGGAUCUGCCACCUGGAGCCAGUGCCAGUCAGGUGGUGUUGGCAGCCGACAUGCUGGGUUUAGAGGGGCUGAAGGAUGUGGUGGAGAUGGUUCUCUCCCGAGACUACUGCCGCUUCUUCCCCAAGCCAAUUGACGGUGUUCAGAGAACAGUUCUCGAGUGUCUGUCCCUCACGCAUGCCUUAGGCCUCCAAAACCUCCACAUGCUGUGUAAGAGGUGGGUUGCUGAUCAUUUUGUGAAGACCUGGUGCGAGAGAAACUUUUCCCUGUUGUCCCCUGAGCUUCAUGUAGCCUGUCUAACAGCUGUAACUGAAACCAUGACUGUGCAGAAUGCAGUAACCAUGCUCUGUGGCACUGAGCAAUUGAUUGGCAGUCUCCCAGAAGUCAAGUGGGCCCAACAGGUAAAGAGUCUCGCCACAGAGCUUCAGGAGGAGAGCCUGCAUGUCAUUGUCCAGCAUCUCCCCAGAGUCAUCCGCACUCAGGCCUUCCAGGACCUUUGCAGGAGGGAACAGUUUACCCGUGAGCCAACGUUGUUGAAAAAGCUGUGUUCGGCCAUCAGAGAAGGUGUGACCGUGGACAACUGCUGUGAUCUUUUCGCUGCUGUGUACAAUCUAUGUGGAGAUGACAUGGAAGAGGACUCUCUCCUGGAGAAAGGAGAGCAAAGACAAGAGAAGCCGUUCAGGCAAGAGAUUUGUACGCUGCGCGGUCGGCUUUGGACUUUCCUGCUUCAGACCUUUUACGCGGUCCGCCACACGCAGGGAUGGGAGACCCUGUCUUCAAAACACAAAGAAAGGAUACUAGCAGAUGCUAUUGAUAAAGGGGACAAUCGAAGACUUGGUAAAAAGCCUGUAUUCACUAGCUCACAGUCAAGGGCUGUAAAAUGCCCUUCAUCUGCACCUGAGAGUCCGCCUGUGCACAGGACCCAGAGGGUGUCCGAACCUGCAAUUUCUUCCUCCCGUAGUGCUGCAUCAGCCAUGAAGUCUGAUGGACUGGGGACAGCUAACAAACCAGGAGAUGGUCACACAUCCAAGGCAAAGAAUGUGAAGAAGCCUGGAGACCGGAGUGUAGCAGCGAAGGCAAAGACCGCAUCAGCUGGCUCACCAGUUGUCAAUGGCACAGGAGCUGCAGGGCCCAGGCGGGAUGGAGCCAGUGCCAAUGGCCCCAGAAGCUCUCAUGGGGCUAGAGAGCAAGAAAAGAAGCCAAACCCAGGUGCACGGCCUAAAACAUCUCCCCCGAGCUGCACAUCUACAAGCCAGACGGGGGUAAUGAAGGCUCAAAAGAGCUCCACAGGAAAGACUGACAUUGGCAUUAUUGGCAGCACCCAAGCUCAGCCCAGCGCUUCAUCCACAUCAGGCAGCGCCUCGCCAGAGACCGGUGCCAGCAGCCCUCGCAACGACACCCACUCCAUCCCAGGUGCAAAGCCCAAACACCAGGCUAAGGCGGUAAACAAAUCCCCACUGACAAAACCUCCUCAGAAAUCAGAUACAACGAAGAUCAGCAGUCCUACCAAUAAGCCAAGUGUGAGAGAAAGUGUCAAAGUUAAGACUGGUGCAGCAGAAAAAGCAUCUACUGGAGUGACAGCAGCAAGAGCAGACACCAAGGGAAGAGGCACACCAGACCACCAUGUCUCUAAGCAUGGAUCCUCCAUGAAAAAACCAGCAUCCCCUAGGAAAGAAGACGGCAAGGACGGUUUGAAAUCCUCAGCACUAGACAAAGCAGCCGGUGAAGCUCAUAAAAAGAAGAUCACAAAACCCGUUUCGGCGACUGGAGCCUCAGCCAAAUCCAGUGCUAAACCACCAAAAGCAUCUUCGGCCCCCUCAAAGCAAUCUUCAGUAGUAGCUGCCAAGUCUGGACCAAAGCCAAAAAGUACUACUGAAUUAUCAACGGAGAAAGCUUCUCCAAAAUCCGGAGGAGCUUCCAAAACCUCAGCUGCGUCUUCCUCCAAGAAAUCAGGAGCUAAAGGAAAAGAGACGGUGAAUGGUAAAAAUUCAAACUGUAAAACUGAGCUUGCUCCAACUGAGAACACUUGUGACAUUGCAGUGCAUGAAGAUAGUUCAGAAGUAGCGCUUUCUGGCCGGCCUGCAGUGCGCAGAACACAGGUAACAAGCCAGGGCGGAGGGGAUUCACUUAGCCUUCAACUAGAAUCAAGCCCUACGAGUCAAAAGCCUGAAAUACAGUCAGGAAACACUGAGAGUGCACCAGCAGCAAACAGAAUCCCCCAUGUCAAAUCUGCUAAUGCAGACACUUGCAAACAGACUGAAGGGAGUGAAGUGAAACCGUCUCCAAGUGUUGUCAUCCCCGCUCACAUCAGCGGAGGGCAAGUUAAUGAGGUCCGUUCCCCAAAUUCUCCGAGAGACACUGAACGCCCUAUAGACACCCCCUGCAGCAUGGGAAGCACUGACACUAACUUAGAGGACUCCUGGAGCGGCAUCCACCAUCAGGUGAGCCCACAGUCUGAGACUGGCAGCACACACACCACUUCCUCUGAUGACAUCAAGCCCCGCUCAGAGGACUACGACGCAGGAGGCUCGCAAGACGACGACUGCUCCAACGACAGAGGUGUUUCCAAGUGUGGCACCAUGCGCUGUCAUGACUUCUUGGGUCGCAGUAGUAGUGACACAAGCACCCCAGAGGAGCUAAAGAUGUACGAAGGUGGGGCGGGGUUGAGAGUGGAGGUUCGGCUGCGUGGACGAGAAGCCGAGACUACCAGCGAGGAGGAGGGAGUAAGACGGCGUCCUCGUUCCUGGUUGCAUAGAGACGAGGUUCCUGUUGAGGAGGAGCACUCGGAGGUCGAGGCCACGGUGACUGUAAAAAGCGUCCCCGACCACCAGCUCUUCUCCUCCUCUGAGGAGGAGGAAGAUGAAGAUGAAGAGGCGACGGAAGAUGAGAGGUCUGAAGUUGAGGUGGUUCCAGGUCAGGCUCCGCCGCCGCCGCCAACUGAACCCUCGCCCCACUUUCAGGGGAUCGUCAACCUAGCUUUCGAUGAUGACGGCGUAGACCAGGAGAACGAUCAGCCCGACUACCAGUCGUCUUCUAACUUCCGUCGCUCAGUGUUACUCUCUGUUGACGAGUGUGAGGAGUUGGGCUCAGAAGAGGGCGGCGUCCAAACGCCACCUCAACAGCCCAAUGACGCUGUCACUUCCUGUGACGUUUUUGAAACUGACUCUACAGCUCCUCGACGCAACUGUGCCCCUUCCGGUGACAAACGGGACCACCUGACUUGCCAUCUCGAAAGCGCAGGCCUGAAGGGCAAAAAACACGACGAGGAACAGGGAGAAAAAUCCCCUGUAUUUCUUACAGAGAUCCAGGAGCCCGUGCAGGAUGAGAGUAAUCACAUCCAGGUGGAUGGGGUGAAGUCCAGUGGCCCUCUCCUGGAUGCUGACACCAAAGUCCUCCCUCCCCAGGAGCGCCCAUGCCACCUAGAUCUGCGGCACACUGAACAAUACAACGGAGGGCUGCGCAAACAUCACACCAAUCCCUCAGAAAGCAAGAAAGCUGAUUUACAUCUAGACUUAAAUGAGCCUCAGCUGACAGGGGACUCUCCUGUACAUGCUGCAGAAUCUCCAGCAGGUAAUGUAUGAUCUACGGACCCUUCCUAGACCCCAAAUCCAAAGCCAUCUCUUAUCCCCAAACUCCAUUAGUGAAGGUAUAGUUCAUCCCUGCAAGAUUCAUUCUCUGCUCCGAUUCCUUGACCUUACCUACAUCCAACAUACAAUACCUAUCCCUCUUUCAGAAAAAAAAGGAUAUAUUGUAGUAACUAAUUACAAAUUCAAAUGAAAUCAGUGGUCAUCAUAUUUCCAUAGCUAAAGCUUCUUCUCAUUUCAACCCAUUGAUUGUGUAGCUGUUGUAAAUUUGAAUUUGCAACAUCAAUAUCCUUUUAAAGAUGGAGUUUGGUCUCAUCCUAGAUAAUAACCUAAACUGUACAUUUUAAACAACUGAACUACCUUUAGUCUGAGGCAUUUAGCCCUUGUCAACUCAGUUUACACAAAAAAAGGGGAAAGCAGUGUACAGUACAUUUCACUAAGACUGAUCAUAUAAUUGUAUUUGUCAAAAAGAAUCUGCCUUGUGACAAGGCCUGUGACAUAGUUACACCAAUGCACUUUUAUGUACAUAAAAAUAAGUUUUGAUUAUUUUGUCAUUUAUUUCAUGCAGAGGAACAGUCUUUGGCCUUUUCACGCCAUAGAUAAUUUAACAUAGUUGAAGGUGCUUUAAAUAUAAUUUUUUAACAUCAAUAUAUCAUUGCCAAAUUAAUUUUGGUUUGUUGGUAUAAUUACCGUCAGUGACAAUCGUUGAGAUAAUUUUUGUCAUGCUCCUGAUAGUGAUGUUGAUAAAGGUUGUGUUUCUUAAAAUUUAGAUUACUUUUCCCAUAAACCCCUUGGCUCAGAAGAUGUUGCUACAAGUGUUGCUAUUUCUUUUGCUUUAUUAUAAAUGAUAAAUGUGUUUGGCUUUUCAUUCAUUCAACCAUUGCCAUUUUAAGAAACACAAACUUCUGGCUCCAUAGCUCUUCUUCUUUUGUGCCAUACAGUAAAGAAUAAACAAAUCUGGACCUUGUGGUACACAAUGUCACUUGCAAUAUAGCGUCACUAGAUGCUGCUUGGCUUCUCAGUGAUUGUCUUUUUGUUUACAGUAAUUAUACUUACAUCUCCAAAUAAUAUGUAAAAGAUUUGUUGAUGUUAACUUGCUAUAUGUAGCACAUUUAAAAAAAUUGUGUUCAGGUUAAUCACAAGCAAGUAAUGAUUAUUUUGAAAUUUUUGUUGAGUGACUACCUGACACUAUGGUAAAAUACAAAAUUAUAGUACAAAAUAGAUGACACUAAACUAACAGUGCUUCUCAGAAAAGUGUGUCAUAUUGGGGAACUUUCCCUAGCAUCUGUUUGCUAUUUAUCUUUUUUUUGUAUUUGCGAAUGUACCUGUUCCUGAGUUUUUUGUUUGUUUUAAUUUUUUUAUUUUUGCACAGCACAAAUGCAUGCUACUAUUAAAAUUUAUUUGUCAUUCAUUCCCUUCCACAUCAAUCACUUUUGUGUAUUUUUUUUUUCAUUAUCCAUUACCCAGUAGUAUGUCUAGAUACAUAGGCAUCCACUUUAAAGAAGAGUGUAUUUUGUUGUCUAUACACUUUUGUUAACUAGGUUUGUGUACUGUCAGUAGCCUCCUCUGUAAAGUAUGUGGUGUGUCUCUAGAGCAGUUGUCAUGGUCCUGCCAUGUCUCUCUUUUUUCACUAUCCUAUUCAGAAAAAGAAAUCCUGCUGCACCAUUACUGGGGGUCUAUCCCGAUGCAAACAUGUACAUUAUUUUGUUUUCAAUAUCAAACAGUGAACAGUGAGUUACUUCAUUUUUUCCCUUUUUUGAAAUUGUUAAAAAUUGAAAACACAAAGAAUGUCAAAAGAAACUUGGUGGUGUGCCAUCUUUUGUGCUACUAAGAACAGCACUGUUGCUUGCAUUUUAGGUUUUUAUGACCGUAUUUGAGUCUGUUUAUUAGGUCUGCCAGUUCAAAAACCUGCACGUAAAUCUCUAAACCUAUUACUGUUACUUAAUGACAAAUGCAAAGGUCACUGGUGCUGGCAAUGCAUGGUUUACUUUGUUUGAACAAGUGGAUAAAGAGAUGCAUUCAGAUUAACAUUCCUCUGUGCAUUACCUUUAAGGCAACUGUAGACCCUUGACAUCCAUAUUUGAAGUGUUUGGUGAAUUUCAAACAAAUGAAUUUAAAGUUUGUAUCAGUAAUGGUAUUGCCACUUAACUGACCAUACUUUGACCAUCAAUGUUACUGCUUUCAUAUUGUGCUGUCCUCACCUAAUUUCACUAUGGAAUGUCUUUAAAGCACACAGUUGCAUUAAGGGUAAUCAUUCAGUAAUCAGUGUUUUAUUGUAAUAGGCAUUGACUAGUCUCUGAAAUGGAAAAAGAACUGUGAAGGAGUGAAUCAAUUUGUCAUUUUGCAGUAUUGUCAAUUGUUUUUAGGGGACAAUGGUUGUGACAGAUUGGAUCAAACCUGCAAACAUGACCGCCGACCGUCCAAAGCCCUCUCUCCCAUUUACGAGACGGAUGUUGGA